GAUGCUGAUACUGUCAUAAUGGCUGACGUUACUUAUGGUGCCUGCUGUGUAGAUGAUUUCACGGCAAAAAGAUUGGGCGCUGAUUUUUUAAUACACUAUGGCCACUCUUGCUUAAUUCCAAUUGAUAAAACCAGUGGAAUCAAAAUGUUAUACGUUUUUGUAGAUAUUAAAUUUGAUACGGUCCAUUGUAUUGAAACGAUAAAAUUCAAUUUUCCAAAUACGACAAAAAUAUCUCUCAUUGGUACCAUUCAGUUUGCCAGUUCACUGCAAGCUAUAGCUACAGAGCUGAGAAAAUUUGAUUACAACAUUACAAUACCUCAAAUCAAGCCGCUUAGUCCUGGAGAGGUCUUGGGCUGCACAGCACCAAGAAUCAAAGAUGUAGAUGUACUGGUAUAUAUUGGAGAUGGAAGAUUUCAUUUAGAAGCGGCCAUGAUAGCUAAUCCCAACUUGCCUGCUUACCGUUACGAUCCUUACGAGGGUAAAAUCACGAUAGAAACUUAUGACCACGAAGAGAUGAAGAAAAACAGAAAAGAUGCAAUGGAUAGGGCAAGGAACGCUAAAAUGUUUGGAAUUCUGUUUGGCACUCUCGGAAGACAAGGUAGUCCAACUGUUCUGGACACAAUAACCAACCGAUUGCAGGCUUUGAAUAAAAAUUACAUGGUUAUACUGACUCCUGAAAUCAUACCUGAGAAUUUAAGAGACUUAAAAGACAUAGAUGCUUUUAUACAAAUUGCAUGUCCAAGGCUCAGUAUAGAUUGGGGAACCGACAUGUUUGAGCAGCCACUCCUCACACCUUACGAGGCAGCAGUGGUCCUCAAAAUGAUCGAGAUGGACGAAAAACAACCUUAUCCCAUGGAUUAUUACUCAAAUACGAGUUUAGGUCCAUGGACUCCGAAUUUCAAGCCGAGUGACUUGGCUAAGCCUAACGAAUCCUGCUGUGGUAAAUGCAAGGACGAAACAAAUACCGACAAACCGUGCAAAUGAUCCAAUCGGUCGAUUUAUUAUAGGCUUAUCUCAAUCAAAAUAAGAUAUUCGAUGACGGUAUGAA